AGAAACGUGAAGCGCAAGCGCCGCAUCCGUCGCCACGGUACAGCGAUACGCAAGGACUACACUAUGGCUGCGCCAACAAAAAAACGUGAGAUCCAGCCGAGGAACGAGAAUAUUGGCCACAAUGGGGAAGAACACAGUUCGUCGGAUGAUCAGAGUGAUUGCGAAAAUGAAGACGCAUCGGAGGCUGAGCAGGGAAUGGAAAUCCAGGUAGAUUUUGAGGGACGUAAUCCGCAAGAUCCUGACUUCAAUGGCAUUAAAAUACUGCUGCAGCAAUUAUUCCUCAAAGCCCACCUCGACCUCAGCGGGCUCACAGACUUAAUUAUUUCUCAAAAUUACGUGGGAUCAGUCGUUAAGCAAUCAUCCAAUGACACGGAGGAUUCAGACGAGGACGACAACGAGGACCCAAACAACGUUUUCGGCAUCACAACAGUCGUCAACAUAUCCGACAGACAGAACCAGCCAUGCGUGAAACAAUUGAGAGAUUUACUAAAGCAGCUUGCAGAAGAGCAUGCAACCGACGCUACCAACGCCCUGAUUAGAAAUGUACUGGAAAACGACGCAGCACCGUUGGGUCUGUUGAUCAAUGAAAGAUUCAUCAAUAUUCCCGCACAGAUAUCAGUGCCGCUGUUUGAAAAUUUGGUUUCGGAAAUUGAUAGGGCAGCAAAAAAGAAAAUGCCAUUUAAAUUUUCCUACUUCAUACUAAUAUGUAAGGUGUACGAAAUACAGAAUCCUAAAAAGGAUCCACAAACGAAGAACAAGAAUAACGCACCUCAUGUUGACAUACUCUGGAGUAAUCGUGAGGAGGAGAUAUUCGCCGAAGAAGCAGACUGCAGCUUUGAAUUUUCCGUUGAAAAUGAAUCCGAUAGUGGAUUAGAAGGGACCUGGACUGAAAGUGAUAACGAAAUGAAGCCAUAUCGAAAAGUUUUACUUUUUGAAUCUUCAAAACUCCAGAGUAUCAUUGACAAAAUCAAACUUCACAUUGCGGGAGCUAGUAGUUAAGACUGGACCGAAAGUUUUUAACUCUAAUGGACGAAAAGUACUCCUUAACGAGCCUUCUGGCUGCAAUUCGUAUUCGAGGCAUGGAAAAAACGUUUGCUUGGAAUUAAGCUGGACGAUGUUCUGUUCCACCUGAUGAAAUGGAACGUUUAAUCCAUCCAAAAUACUAUUGAAGUACAGUUUGUCUAUUUGGUUUAGGCGGGGACCAUUAAAAUUACCAAGAAUUUUGAGUAAAUGUGGAUUCUCGAUAUAUAUUGAUAUUAUUAAUCUUGCCGUUGGGUCGUCAUUUCGGCCGUUAAUGUACUUUUCUGAAUUUUUUUUUGAUUAGAUAUGAUUUCACUUUAUACGACGCAGCCUGCGCUCAAACGAAAUGGUCAAACUGUACAGUGUAAGAUUGGGAUUCUAAAACUCGGGACGAAGUGACUAUUUCCAGUAAUAUCUGAACAAUUUUGUUCCGUUUUCGUGUCGGCGUGUGAGAAUAAAAAAUUUUUCUUCAAAACUAUUUCGCUAAAGUAUACAAGAAGUCAUACUUUUGUUUUAUAUUGCUACAAACAAUUUUUUUUUAAUAAAUUAUUUUUGUUAUGAA